UGAAACACACCACACAACUGUCCGACGUCCUGCCAUGCGGGGACUGUAACGUAUUUGGGAUUGUUGUCUAUUUAAUUCCGCUCCUUCAGUCAUGGCUCCGUUUGGAAAAAACUUCCUGAAAGCUCGACUGAAAAACAGAGACGGGCUUUUACUGACGCUGAGACACUGAGCUGGAUGUUUGCUGAAGGAUGACAAUGACGUGGAGCUGCAGUCAGGACAAAAGAUGCCGAGCCUGUGAUCGGAAAGGAGAUUCAGGUUACUGUCUGCAAUGAGGAGAAGGUCGUCUGUGGGGUAACAAAGCACACAACUUGUGCAGAUAUGAUUCAGGCGUUACUGGAGGAUCACAAGUCAGUCCCGGAGAGCAAGCGGCUCCUGCACGGGGAACCCAAAGACUUCUGUCUCGUCGAGCGUUGGAAGGGUUUUGAGAGAGCUUUGCCUCCUCUCACCAGAAUCCUGAGGCUCUGGUAUGCCUGGGGUGACCAGAGACCCUUCAUCCAGUUUAUUCUCUUCAAAACCAGCGAUUUUGUGCCUCAGCCCGCCAAGAAGGCUGUUAAGUCCAAGGGGGCCAAGCAGAAGCGGUGGGAGCACGGCCGUGCGCACUACCCCCAGUCUCUGCCAGUGGAGAAGCAGAAGCGCAUGGUGAAGAAAGCCUUCAGGAAGCUGGAGAAGCUUCACAAUGACAGCAAGAGCUCCCCGGGCGCCGAGGAGAUCGAGCGGAUGGUGCAGCUUAUUCUCAACCAGGACCACACAAUCCGGGAGCAGAUCCAACACAUGAGGGAGCUGGAUUUGGACAUUGAGCAGUUUGAACUGCAGGUGCAGAGAGAGGCAGAGUGUGAGAGUUCACCGGCUCAGGCUUGUGGUCAGAGUUUGGAGGCGCACACUGAGGAGCAGCUGCUGGAGUACCUGUACACCGGCGAUGGAAUCGAACAGCUCGAGCUGCAGGUUCAGAGACACCGGGAGCUCAUCCUCCAGCUGUCCCGGGACAUUGACACUGAGCUGGGGAGGGCCAGUUUCCCGCUAGAGCAACAUGAGGAGAGUGAACAGGAAGGAGCGGCGGCUGCUUACUGGAUCGCCUCCGAGACGGACGAAUCGUUCUACACUGCCGAGCUCAAGAGGAUGCAGGAAGAACUGCAACACAGCCUCUUCACCGGCGUGUCCCUUCACAACCAAGCCGCAGAGAUAGACAAGCAGAUAAAGUACUUUGACACCACGCUGCUCUCCAAGGACCAGGAGUGCUGGCAUCUGGCUGCCCAGCUGAGCUCACUGCAAAUCGGAGACAGCACAGAGGAGAAGUCCAGUCCUCUCCCUGUGAAAAGUGAGACUCAGUGCAGCGUCUCACAGACGGUGAAACUCAAACACAGCCUGUCCCCUCUAGACAUUACAGACACAGACUCAGACACUGGGAUUAGCUCCACACACAGUCAGGACUCGCUGUCACCAUGUCUGGAUUUCCCUCCCCCACUGGAUACAGACGUUUGAACAACCCAGCUGACCCAGCAUUUAAAAACAAAAAAAAAAAAAAAAGUUUUGUAUGCACUAGCCCCAGUUUGUGCCUCUCAGGUUUUCUCAUUAUCUGUUUGUCUGAAAGAUAAAUCCCCGGAGAUCUUCAUGACUCAAGAAGGUAAUUUAACUGGAGCUGAAAAGAAAAGAGAUGAUUAUCAGAAUAGUUGCAAACAGACAGAAAAUGAAUUAACGAUUUCAGCCAUUUUUUUUGUCUAAGUAAAGAUGUUAAACGUUCUUUGGUUUGGGCUUCUCAAAGGUUUUGCUGCUUUUCUUCAUCCUAAGUAUGAAUCUCUGCCAUUUUGUGAAAGUUAAGCUAGUGAUCGGAAACGGUCCACAUGACGUAAACUUGGUCAUCAGAGGGUCUGUGCGAGGCUCUGUCCAUGUGCUCUAGACAAAAGCAUAACAACAAAUACACGUUCAGCUGUCCGGAGUUUAAUUGAGGCCUUAAAAUCAACAAACAAGCAAUUUGAGGAUUUCACCAUUUAUUAAUCUGGGCAUAGUUCAUUAUUUUCUGGCAUUUUAUUUAGAAAAAAAAUCAAAUGAAACCCCUUUUAGCUCGAUUUGAGUGACAUGAGCCAAAAUCAGCCCAAGUUUUAAUAUCAGGUAUAUUUAUCCACAAUAAUAUUGUUUUCCAUUAUUUUAACUUUUGAUACACAUUGUUUAUCUUUUGUAUUUUUUCAUGUGUUGUAAAAAAUAAAAUAAUGCAUCACUUUUGGAUUGGGAAAAUAAGUCACAAUUUGGGGAACAUUGUUUAGUGAGCAGGUUUUUCUUUUCUUUUUUUUUUUAAAUCAGUAGUUUGGGUUUUGUCUGUUUUGUCCUUCGAAAAGAGCUGCAGUUGUUAAACAACAUUGUGGGUUUCUGAAAUGCUUAAACGACGCUCAGGCCUGAGACUGAAAUGUAGUGAUAAUACAUGGACGGCACAAUCUGGAGGAAUGUACACACCAAUUACUGUCUGUCACUGUCUGACCACUAGAUGACCCACUUUUAAAGUGUAUAUUUGUGCGCCCAACAAAGAGGCAAUGACUAUUUACCACUGACAGACGUGUUUAACGUUUAAAGGCUCAGUUAGUUAAAAGGCUUCUUUUUUUAUUUAGUUUAAUUUCUGUCACAGGCUCUUUGUGUUAGAAAAUGGUGAAUGUAUGUUUAUUGCCCCUUUUUUUUUCUCUCAAGUUCUCAAUAUAUUUAUGAAGCUGCACUUCUUCCAACACACUUACAAGUCUAUUAACGAUGUUUUAUAUUAAAACAAGUAGCUGACUGGUUUGGACAUAGAAUGUGUGAAAUGAAUCGUAAGUUUCCUCUCGACUACAUUGUAAAUACGCUGCUGUAUCUGCUGUAAAUGAUUCUUCUUAUGGCACAGGUGCAGACUUUAAAAAAAAAAAAAAAAAA